UGGAACACGUGGACGAGCGUCUCUCGCCUCGCCGUCGCCCGUGUCCUUUGGCUGGGCUGGAGGGGCUCUGGCCCUCUUGCUGUUCUCUUGCCCAACGGAGCCCAAGGCUUUCGAUACGGCGACAAUGUCUCUCCUCAGCUUCUUUGGCUGCGCGCUUACCGCAUAUGGCCCUGCGUUGGCUGUGUUUCUCGUCUAUGUCGCAAGAUCUUCACAGCUGGUCAUUCUGUUCAUCUCGAGCGCAUUCUUUUGGCUCCUAUCCAUCCUUGUCUCGUCAUCAAUAUGCUAUGCAGUGGGGACCUCAAUCAACUUCCACAUCACCAUCGGAGUUAGCGUGAUCGUUCAGGAACUUUUCAGAUGGCUCUUUUUCUUGCUACUGAGGAAAGCUGAGCUCGGACUCACCCAAAUGGCCGACAAGCCCAAAUCCGUCCUCAACCGCCCCAGCUGGGCUGUUGUUUCGGGCUUUGGAUUCGGAGCGAUGAGCGGCUUGGUUUCGUACAUCUCUCAAUUGAGCCUGACCAUCAAUCCCGGCAUUCUCGUAUGCAAGUCCUGUCCGUCGCUCGAUGUGUUCUUCGUUUCCGCCAUCACAACAUGUCUGUUCGUCUUCCUGCACAUCGUUUGGAGUAUGCUGGCGUUUGAGGGCUGGUUCCGGCGCAGCUGGCUGCCCUUUGCAGCCGUUUUUGUAUCUCAUUAUGGAGCCUCGUAUUCGACCGUACUGGUCUCCUCGUCGAUCUCUGGCGGGUGCUUCUAUACCUUCUUGAUCCUUGGUGCUGUCCUGGCACUGGACUCAUUCUUCGCUUUCCGGCCAAUCCUGAAACUCAAAUCGCGCUGACGGACAACCUCGGGCUUGAGGCGGUAGCGCUGGCCAUCGUGCGAGCGACCCUCCGCUGAACGGGGAUCGUGGUAGCCACAGCCGGGUGAUGUAAGAUCGAAUCGUGAGGCAGGUUCAACUCAACGCUUACCAAAUGGGAUGACAUCCUCUGGUGACUGUUCCGAAUCAUGAAUACAUAUAUUCCCUGUCGCUCGUAAGACGCCACAGUAACGACAGGGC